UGGGUAAAUUAGACCGUUGUUUACCAUGGCGACGGGGACGCUACCGUUUGCUGUUCAGAAACCAGGAGUACUUCUGCCACUAUUUCUCUUAUUUUCUGCAGAUUUUCUUUAUUGCCAACAAUUUAUCAUCUCACAUAAGGCUCCUACAGACUGUGCUGUUGAAGAGUUUUUUGAUAUCUCGAGUCUUUCCUGUGUGAAGUGCGGUCCAAAUCAGCGACGGAGCACAACAGGUCCGUUAACAACACACAGCUUCACGUGCACUGAUUUACAACGGGUGGUGUUUAAUGAACAUUUUCAAACAAUUUAAGUUUAAUUAUAAAAAGUGUCGACUACGCACAGCGAGGAGAAACCCCAGGGAACCAAGUAUCAGCGUUAGCUAUGGCAAAAUCAUGCUAGUACCCAGUUAGCUAACUAGCCUGCCUGUUUACAGAUAUAAGAACGGGCAAUUCCACCGUGAUCAAUAUACAUGUUCUGUCUUAAAGUCGAGCACAAAAAAACAAGAGCCAUGGGUUUGGUCAGUGUUGCUGAUUUAUUUUUGUAUUAAUCGUGGUAUACGUUAUUGUACAUUAGGGGAGAGUGGGGUAAGAUGAGCCAUUUUUCCUAUUUCGGAUCACUUCAUCAAGGCAAUCAUAGUUUUGUCUCUAAUUAGUGUAUCUGCAUAUAUUUCAAGAUGUUGUGCAUCCCUGCAAACCAACAGAAUGAGUGUAAACAUAACUGUCUUGAUAAUGUAGCAUGCCAAAAAAAGUGGUCUCCUAUGUUCAACUUACCCCGUGUAUGGGGUAAGUUGACCAUAGGAGCGGGGUAAGUUGAACCGUAUCAUUACUAGCCCCCCACUCUCCACCCCAGCCCUCCCUCACCUUCUCUCUCCCUAAAUAACAGUCACUUCUUCACAUUCAUGUGUAUUUUUAUCUAUUAUACGCUAUGCAACUGGUACAAUAAUUCUUUUUAUUAUUUGCACGUAACUGCUUAAAAGCUUUUUUUUUUUUUUUUUAAUAAAAAGCCAUUUUAACAUAAGAAUGUCUUUAAGUGAUUCAGAACAUUCACAGCUGUAUUUUUGAAAAGAAAAAGUAACACAUUUCAAUAAUCUGAACUGAAACUCUGAUCCUCUCAUCAGACUGCUUUACUUUUAAGCCACUGGCUCAACUUACCCCAGAACUACUAUUAUGACUUUAUUAGUCCUCUAAGCUAAAAUGGUGGACUUUGAUGCUCGGUUUUUGACCUCAUGUUGUAGCUCAUAGAUACCACAAUUGAUGUAUGAAACACAUUUAAAAUGAUCUUUUUUGGUCUGAACACAAUUCUAAUAAAAUGUAUGACAGACUAAAUUCACUUUCAAGAGUGAAAAACGUUUUUUUUUUGUUGUUGUUGUAAAUAAAUGUCUAACCCCUUUACCCACGUGCUUCUAUCCUCCACAGACUCCAUGAAUUGAUCCCCAUCUUCUAAAUAUUCGGUCAUAUGAUCAAUUUCUCUCACCAUUUCUAAGCAACAGGGGGUGGCUCAACUUAUCCCACUGUCCCCUACAUUGCCACAUAUCGACUUUUAAGACAAUAUGAUUUAAACUUUUAAAAUCAUCAAUGAAAUAUAGUCAGACACCACAAUAAUCUGGAAUGCAAUAUGUAUUAUCAGCAUAUCCCAAAUUAUUUACAUAUUUAAUAGUAAAAAGUAUUACUAUUAUGAGGUCCAUGUCUGCUUUAUCAAGUGUCAAAAACAGUUAACAAAAGACUUUGGUUAUAACUGUUUAAAGAAAAGGUGUCGAUUUUUGAGGAUGUUUAUGUUAUAAGAAUCUAUUUUGGUCCAUCAAUGCUGUGUUCCCCAUAAAUGGCAAAAUGGAAGAAACCUACACCUUUUUUUUUUUUGCCUGACCCAACUUUUUGCAUCAUUUUGUGUUUCAUAUAACAUUGCAGUGGUUUCCCUCUUUUUCUACAGGACUAAGCUGCACUUGCAAAACUGGCUACCAGACUCUCACCACUGAUAAGGCAUCUAUUACUUGUCAGCAAUGUCCCACAGACAAACCAGUAAGAGCAGAAUACUCUUUAUUUGUUUUCCAUCUUGAAUCCUACCAGUAGUUCAUGUCACAGUCUUAACACCAUAUCUGAUAUCAUUCAUAGAAGUGCUUUUCAGGGCAUUUUGUAUUUCUUUAUAGGCAGUAACUAAAGAUGGAUUUGGGUGUAUUCGCUGUGCGGGUAGUCUCACUGAUGACGGGAAGUGCCAGUGCCCAAAAGAUAAUAUCCUGGGUGAGUAAACUAACCAUGGGGGUCUAGUUUAAUUAUGGCUAGAAUGAGUUUUUACUGUCUUUGACACUGAAUGCAUUUGGUUACUGUGUAUAAAUGUCUCAAUUUUGCUGUUUUUCUGUUCAGUGGAGAGAGACAUCAGUGGGAACCUUUUGGAAGAAGCCAGAUGUGAAAUGUGUAAUGGAAACACCCCUGCAUUGUCUGUCCCAAACAGCAACUGGGAUAGGUCUGUAUUGAGCCCUUUCAACCAAAACACUUGUACAUCAAGCUUUAUUGAGCGUAUUAUCUGAAACAGUAAAUGUUCGCAUUUUAGCUGUUUAAUCAAUCUGAUGUUAUUUGAUACUCUCAGCAUAAAAAAAAUCUCCAGGGUGAGACAUAGAAACAUUAUCAGUAAAAAAUCAAUUUACGGAACAGUCCAGUUAAACUUUCUGAACAAACAUGGGAACAAUAAAAUUAACCCUCUAUUUUAUGCAUAUUAUUUCUUAAAUCGCUUUUCUUACAUUUACAAAAUAUUGUCUAUGAGGCAAAAAUGUGACCUCUGUCCCUUGUACUGCCUCCUUUCAGUCUGAAGGUCAUUGUGACUUGAAGGAUACAGAAACCUUGAAUCAAAACAUCCUGGUCUUUUCCUCCGAGCACUUUUAUCUUUCUCACCCUGCACACAGAUACAUGGGACGACUUGGUAUCUAGAAGACAGAUUUAAGAGACCACUUAAAACAUUUUCUGUUUAUGUUGUUCAAUCAGAAUCUCUGUUGAAAAAGCUCUCAGUGUCUGUCACUUACUGGAAAAUCCCUUCACUAAGCACUGAGUGCUAUUUCUAUGUCAUGGUCUUUUAUCUAUCUAAAAGAGAUCUAUGUAUGAAUGCAUUUUGUCAUGUCACUUUACAACAGAUAUUAUUUCAAUUCUGUAAUAAAACAAAUACCUGAGAUUGUAUUUUAUGGGGAAAGCUGUGAAUAGAGAGAUCCAGAAGUUAAGGCAUAUUUCAACCUCUUCUGUGCCAGUUUUCACCAUUAUCCGAACUUUCUGAAAACCAUUAUCAAACUGCAGUGUAGCAGAUACAAAACUACUUGAAGGGAAGAUUGUGGAUAAAAAACAAUGAAUAUUCCUGAAAAUGCUUUGAAAUGGGGUUAUCAUUGCUACAGUCAAUGUAUUUAAAAAACAACAACAAAAGCAGUCGUCUUGAAAAAGAAUUAGAACAAGAAACUGACAGUUAAAAGAGGAAGUUAACUUUAGGUAAAUUAUUGGAUGAAGGUCAAAUUGCAGAUAGUUUGUUGUUAUGUUUUCAUCACUUUAGGACUUUUUAUUAUCACUGACUUUGACUAUUCACCCCAAUGUUUGUUCCUUACUAUUGAUAUUUUUUCCCACUUUGUUUGCUGUGUCGUUUGGCUUUUGGCCUCUCUCUCACUCUCAUUAUUUCAAGGUGUGAAAUGUUACAUAAAUUAAACUGGUGUUUUUAUUGUCAGAGUGUGAGGAAAGGAUCAUUUUAUUUUAAUUUGUUUUUGUUCUUGCAAAAUGUAAGAGCUAGAACAGACCUCAUAAUUAUCUUUCAGGUGUGAGCGAUGCCAGGCCUCCUUCAUUAAUUCCUCUUGUUCGUGCAAACCUCCUAAUGUCUUGGUGAGCACUGUCCUCCCUCUUCCUUCAUAACCUCCUUGUCACAUCACACCCACACACCAGUAUCAGACCCAUAAAGGAAUAUAUGUGGGUUUUUUUCAGGCAGGAGGAUUGUGUUUCCCAACAGGCAGCCUCUCUUCUAAUGUGAAUCCCAGCGUCAACUAUGCUCAGUUGGUGAGUCUCCUUGACCUUGCUAACUUUCUCACUGUAUUUGCUGGAUGUGUUCUCAUUUGAGUUUUUCUGAUAUGUUGUCCUUGCAGAAAUUCAGCAUACAGUCUGCCUGGUUUGUCCAAAACUUGUACUCCUCAUCAGCAGCCUGCCUUGUAAUUCCAGUUUUCUUUUAUCCAAAAUCACAGAAGUCAUCAUCUUUAUUGACGCUAAAAUCAAUAUAACCAGCAGUUAUGUUUUAACAAGUUGUUUGCUUUCAGGUUUUUUCCAACCUAACAGCAUGUCAGGCUCUGGGGAACAUGUGUGUGAUGAACAUGCACUCCUUCAGCAGCGUUUCCACUGAUGCAUGUGGCCUCUUUAACACCAUCUUCAGAUCCAAGGCUGCUCUGAGCUCAACGCAAGCUAUUUCCUACUGGUAAACAACUCUGUCACAGCGCACAUGUAAAUAGAUUGUGAUGUUUUUGCUGAUAAAGAUCCCCUCACAUUGUUUGCUGUUUCCCCAGGAGGGUUGAUCUGCCUUGGCUUUACUUUGGGGAUGAACCUGGACUGGCUGGCCGUGUGCUUCAGACUGAUCCUGUGCCUGAUAGGUUCAGUUUCAGAGGCAAACAAAAGGUAUGUGUCUGUAACUUAAGUCAAUUUAAAAUCAAGAAAGAAGUAAAAAGAUAAAGAAACACCAAGAAAAUUUCUCUUUUCAUUUCACUACAAAUAAAGCUAUAAACAAGGUGUGGUACUGGAUUAUUUUUUUCAAAUAUUAAAAACUCUUUUUCAUAUAUUUUAUUUUUAACAGAACACUGACAUUAAGUUGCUUGCUGCUGUCUAUAAUGUAAGAGGAGAGUUCCUCAGAUGGGAACCUGUCGGAGGAAGAAAUCUCCAGGUAAGAUGUCAGACUACUGCUGAUUCAGUUUAAUACAGAGAAGCACUGUAACUUUUAUAUAAAGUGUAUUAUUCUGCAUUGAUUAGACAAAUCAGUUUAAAGCAGACUUAUAAUAAUAAUAAAAUAUAAUAAUAGUAGUAAUUCCUCCAUCCACUUCACCUCUACUCAUAUAAAAAUAAUAAUAAUAAUAAAUUAUUAUUGUUAUUAUUAUUAUUAUUGUUAUUAUUAUUAAUGUUGUUUUUUAUUUUAUAUUAUUGUUAUAAUUGUCGUUGUUGUUGUUGUUGCUUGUUGUUGGUGGUGGUGGUGGUGAUGGUAUUGUUUUUGUUGUAAUUUAUUGUUAUUAUAUUUAUAUUAUUACUGUUAUUAUUGUUAUCAUUAUUAUUAUUAUUAGUAGUAGUACUAAGAAUAGAGAAUAAACUUUAUAAUAUAGCACUUUAUAAAACAGGGUUACGAGUGCUUUACUAAUUAAAACAAAAUAGAAAGAGAAGAGACACAUUGAAGAGAAAUGUGAGAAAAAUGACUGAAAAUCUAAAGGCUUAGAAUCAACAACAUAAGAAAGAUAAAAACAGAUAAAUAGAUAAGAAAGGAUAAAAGAAAGAUUAAUGGCAGAAUCAAUAAAGAAGUAAUGUAAAAGCCACAAAAACAUGGAUGAGCAUCAAGCAAGUUAAGAGGAUUAUAUGUGUGUAUGUACACAAAAUAAAUUUAUCAGCUGAUGUAGUUAUGCCGUUUUUUCAUGCCAUUCAUAUAAUAUGUAUUUUCAAAAGGCUGAUUAAUUCUCCACUUCACCUCUAAUCAUCUGCCUUUCUGUUCUUGUCCUUCAGCUCUGUCCAGACACAUCCACUAAACAGGCCGCAGCAUUCAGCUUUGGAACAGCUUACCAACAAACAGUAAGUGGCUUUUUCUUUCAUUCACCUUAAAUGCAGUGAAAAACUUGUUUCAGUGCCCAAUUUUAAUAUAACACAUGCAUGUGUGUGUUUGUAGUGUGAUCUCUCAGUCAAAGAGCUGUUGGAUACAUAUCCUGAGCCCUUGUUCUAUGAUGUGUUUAUGGAGCUUGGUGGAGGACAGAGCAAAAAACUUCUCCCCCUGCCUACUCUGGUCAACAACCAGCAGUACAAUGGACAGUUCAUCAACCAAGGUUUGGCAUUUUUCCUAGAAUCUAGUAUAUAGUGCGUGUGUGUGCAUUGCCUCAACAUAUUUUGUUGGGGUACAGAGAGUAUGAAGAACUGGUACCUGACCAGACGAAUGUUUCUUGUGGACGGACUGAGUGGAAGAGAGAAGAGCUUGAGCGCCCAGCCCAAAGUCAUCCGUGUUGCCAGCAGUAUUAAAAUAAGGUAGGCCUCUAUCUAACCUGUGCACUAGCAUGAAAACUCAUGACAGAUGAUCACUGCUUAGUGAAGCCGCAGUAAUAUAUUUGACUAAAAGCGUGUGCUUUGUAGGUUUCAGCUGGUUCCAAGAACACUGGAAGGACAGGUUUAUCCUCCUCUACUGAUUGUGACUUACAGAGACAUUCUCGUCACAGAAGUCAAUUCUCAAACUGUGCCUGUGAGUACAGCCAGGAAUAUACUCUCACACAGACAAUCCAUUCUUUCAUUAACCUUCAAGGAAUAAUGCUGGAGAGAACAGAUAAACAUCAGAGUGUAAGGGAGGAAGUUGGCAAACUAAAUAAUUUAACUUUUUAUAAGUAACACUUUCGUAAAUGAUUGACCAUCAAAACCAUUUUCUAAAUGCGUAAUGUCCUCAUUCUUGGGUAUUCUCUGCAAUAGUAAUGGAUUUCCUCAUGACAGGAAUGCUGUUUAUUGAAUUACUCAGUCAAUUAUUUGACAAUGAAUCUCUGAGUUUGUUGUACAGACAUUUAUUAUAUAAUUUAUAAUAAUAUUUUAUACACAGACGCAUGUUUUACAUGAAGGCCAAAUCCUUCAGCUUGUAUUUCUAAUAUUAUCUCAGAACUGUUUGGUUUUAGACAGCUGAAAACUUUCACAUGAAAGGAAGAAUAGAUCAAGUGUACCCUCAUUUACAACUGCAUAUUAAAACUUCAAACUAAAGUGAAAAUAUUUAUGUUUCCUUUCUCCAAAUCAAGCUUUUUGUCGGUUAAUGUGCUUAUAUGUUUUUCAGACAACGUUUGCUGUGGAGUAUGAGAUGGAUCAGAAUGAGGUGCAGAUGAAGACAAAUGUGAGUAAAAGCAUCGAUGAAACUUAGUUGAAACAAAGGGAUGUUCUUGUUGUUGUGUCUGAGAGAUGAUCUGUGUGUGAUAUCUCUGUGUGUACAGACGGCUCUGGGUGUGAUGGGCGGUGUGGCAGUGCUUCUCUCGCUCCUGAAGACAGUUAGCUGGAAGAGGAGGAUUGCCUCUCCACUCAUUGAUGUGGAGGUACUUUCUCUUCAGCAAAAUAUCAUUCAAGAAACAUUGAUCCUGACAUUAUAUUGGAAGUAAUUUCUCUUUUUCUCGCUUCAGACGUUGAUGAAGUUCUUGUUGUUUUAUGCUGGAGAUCUGGCCAAUGUUUUCUUCACUGUCACUGUGGGAACAGGACUUUACUGGCUCAUUUUCUAUAAGGUUAGUACAAUUCUUUUUUGCUUUUCUUGAAUAACAUUGAUGAUUUUAAUUCAUGAGUGGCCUUUAACAUUUUUACCAGUGUCUUCUCUCUUAAGCCUUCUUUCAACUCCUUUUUUAACUUGAUCUUUUUUUGUAAUUUCUUGACUUUGCAUGCAUUUUAAUUUUUUCCCUCUCUGCAUUCGGUAGACGUUAGAGGCAAGUCUUUUUCCUCCUUUACCUUCUGUAUCUCUACUUUUUUAAAAAUUUGUAGAUUUAGGGUUUAUUACUGACUGAUUUACUGGAUUAAUUUGUUUAUGCAUCUGUUUAGGCCCAGCAGUUUGUAUCAGUGAUGUUGCCACUGCCUGCUCAGGAGGAGCAGUUUGUGACUUACAUCGGUUGUGCUUUUGCCCUCAAGGUUAGAAAAUUAGAGAUCAGCUGCAGUAUAUUUGGAAACAGAAGAAUUCCCCCCAAAAAACUAUUCUUUUGUGUUUUUAAAUUUAGGCUAUCCAGUUACUCAGCAAGCUGAUCCUUCAGGUGUCUGUUGAUAUUUUUCUUGUGGACUGGGAGAGGCCUCGAAGUAAAGCUGGCAGGACUGUGCAUGGUGAAGACAUUUAGUAUACCUUCAUAUAACUCUCAGCUGAGAAGUAGCACUGUUUAUUAAAAGUAACUUUCUGUUUUUUUAUAUUUGCUGCUCUUCCAGUUGCUGGCGAGUCCAAACGUGACCCCUCUCCAGUCAGCAUCUGGAGGACCUACUUUGUAGCCAAUGAAUGGAAUGAGAUCCAGACCAUUCGCAAGAUCAGCCCAACAUUUCAGAUCAUGGCUGUGCUGUUCUUCCUGGAGGUAUUUAGCUUGAAGCAUCACACUACACCAUUUGUUCUUAUCCUCAACUUUUGCCCCUUAUCCCUAUGGCUGACAUGUUGCCCUGUAUUGGUUAGGUGCUGGGUUUCUCUAACCUGGCCCUGAGGGACCCCUGGCCAACCUUAGAACGGUCUCCAGAGGCAUACUCCCCCUCAUACAGCCUGAUUCUACGAUACGGUCUUGCAGCCACUCUGUGGCUCUGCAUUGGACUUCUACAAGUACUGCCUGCCUUUUUCUCUGUGCUCACUCCAUCAUUCUACAUCUCUCUGAUCUCUCGUGUCCUUCUGUCUUAAUAAAAAAUGGACAGAUAUAUACAACAAAGCAAGGCAAGCUUCUUCAAAAUAUCAUUUAUCCUUACAGGUGAUUUUCUUCACCGUGUUCUAUGAGCACUUUGUGGAAGACAAAAUUCGCCAGUUUGUGGAUCUGUGCUCCAUCAGCAAUGUGAGUCACCCAGUGCAUGUUUUCAUAAAUUAUGUGUCUGUAACGUUACUUAUAUAUGUGUUUUUCUGAUUAUUUCUGCAUAGAUAUCUGUGCUGCUGUUGUCUCACCGUUGUUUUGGCUACUACAUCCAUGGGCGUUCAGUGCAUGGGCAUGCAGACACAAACAUGGAGGAGAUGAACAACAACCUGAGGAGAGAAACAGUAAUACACCCACAGACUACACACUGUUUCAGAAAGUAAAGCAUGUUAGUCAAGCUGUUUUUCCACAUUAUAGCCAUACUUUUUCUGUCUUCAUCUUUUUCAUUUGAAGGAGUCCCUGUGUGGUCAAAGGGGUCUACUUCCCAACACAGACACCCAGACCUUUCAGGUGUCUCUUGCAAACCGUUUGCGGGUACAAUACGACAGGAUACGGGAGCCAAUCAGCAGGGUAUGUUCUCUCUCUGUUGUCUUUGUAAUACAGCUAUAAAUUUCAAACAAUCAAAAUAAAUGCAUAUCUCCUAAUUUUUUUCAAAGGGUCACCUAUUUCCUGGACUCCAUAGAAAUGGUCCAUCACGUUUGAUUGAUGCAAGUUCAGCUAACGGCUUUGAGACACAAGCCAGAGCUUACAACACCAUGAACUACUUUCUGGGGUCUGUUAUAGACCAUGUGAGUGCAAAUGCUCAGAAAAACACUCCCACAAACACAAUGAGCAACGAAGUUUGAUUUUAUUUCAUGUGUGUCUUUUAAGUUGUACACACCAGCCUGUUCUGUUCCUGAUGUUGCAUUUUCUUUAGGCUCACCCGGACAUGGACUUUAUAGUGAAGGACAAGCUGAUGUUUGAGAGGGUCAUAGGGAUGGAGUUCCUUGAACCCAGUGAAAAAAGCAUAUUUUACAACGGUAAUGACCCCAUAGCACAGAGAGCCCAUAGCCUACAUUGCUGUUGGUUUGCACACGUAUAUAAAUACUGAAGUGUGAGUCCAUAUUUUCUGUUUGCGUUUCUUUUUGCAGAUGAGGCCCACUCCUUCAGUGAUAUGCUGUAUUAUGGAAAUGAGGCCACGCUGCUGAUCUUUGACACUUUGUUCUUCUGUGUCGUCGACCUGGGAUCACAAAGCUUUGUGCUCGCAGCUGUUCUUACAUAUAUACAGCAAAUGGUAGGUUUUUGGGUGCAAAUAUAGUAAGUGGCCUUCACAGUUCCAAAAGGAUAUGAAUUAAAAAAUCAUUUCGUUUCUUACAGAUACUUCGCCUGCUUCGUAACACUCUUGGAAGAAAGAACCUGGUCAGCAAGACGAUGGUGGAUGAGAGGUUUCUGAUCUGAAGCUGCCUGUUGUCACAGUGUUGUUCAGUGGAAUUUCUUUUUAAGAUGUUAACUGUUCCCAGCUUGUAAAGUUCUCUUUUGUACUUUUCUAUAUUCAGUGUUUUCACUGUUUUUCACGAGUUAUUUAUCUGAUAUUUUUAAGAGAUAUUUUUAAUGUUUUUUUAAUUGAUUAAAGGGUUUUGACACAAGG